CAAGGCAGGUCGGCAGGCCAGCUGGCUGGUGAGGGGACAGCUGGGUUGAUUAGAGAGUGAAUAUGCAGGUGACAAAGUACGUGUGCAGGGGAGAGACUGAGAAGGCAGUGACUGGGAAGAAGGUGAGGCCGUGAUGGUGAGGGCGGGUGUCCAGGGAGUAUGACAUAGGAGAGCAUGCAAAGCCAUGGGGGCAUGCUGGCUGCCACCUGAAGAAGAGCUUUUCAAACUAGCGCUGUUCUCUACUGAAUGCCCUCUGCCACUUGUUAGGGCAUUUGUAUUUCUUAUUUCUCUAGAAAUCAGCUCCAGUUUGGUUUUUGUCAAUCUCCAGAGCCUUCUUUGGAGAUGCCAGUUGGUACAAGAAAGCGCUGAACUGUUUACAGUCCCAGCCUAAGGUUCAGGGAGGGGAUGUGGUUUAACUGGGCCACAAAGCCCGGUACAGGACUCAUUUGCAUGGCCCCUGACGCCAUGUGACGCAGCCGGCUCCUCCUAUAUAAAGAAGCAGGAGCCAAAAUAUCUCCGAGUCUGGGUUGGACUGGCGGCCGUGGAGUUUGUGACAUACGAGGUGACACCCCUCGAGUCACUUCCCUUCAACUACAGCUGGAGCGCCUGCUUGGCUUUGAGUUCGUUCUGCAGCCUUCGCCCCGCUCCUAGACUCAGGGCCGGACUCCAGCGCAGAGCCCAGCCCAGCGCAGCCUGCCAGCAGCCGCCCAGCCGCCCAGCCCCGCACGAAAUCCCGCCAGAGCUUCCCAGCAGCCCGAGCCAUGAACACCGAAAUGUAUCAGACCCCCAUGGAGGUGGCGGUCUACCAGCUGCACAAUUUCUCCAUCUCCUUCUUCUCUUCUCUGCUUGGAGGGGAUGUGGUUUCCGUUAAGCUGGACAACAGUGCCUCCGGAGCCAGCGUGGUGGCCAUAGACAACAAGAUCGAACAGGCCAUGGAUCUGGUGAAGAAUCAUCUGAUGUAUGCUGUGAGAGAGGAGGUGGAGAUCCUGAAGGAGCAGAUCCGAGAGCUGGUGGAAAAGAACUCCCAGCUAGAGCGUGAGAACACCCUGUUGAAGACCCUGGCGAGCCCAGAGCAGCUGGAGAAGUUCCAGUCCUGUCUGAGUUCUGAAGAGCCAGCUCCCGAAUCCCCACAAGUGCCCGAGGCCCCUGGUGGUUCUGCGGUGUAAGUGGCUCUGUCCUCAGGGUGGGCAGAGCCACUAAACUUGUUUUACCUAGUUCUUUCCAGUUUGUUUUUGGCUCCCCAAGCGUCAUCUCACGAGGAGAACUUUACACCUAGCAUAGCUGGUGCCAAGAGAUGUCCUAAGGACAUGGCCACCUGGGUCCACUCCAGUGACAGACCCCUGACAAGAGCAGGUCUCUGGAGGCUGAGUUGCAUGGGGCCUAGUAACACCAAGCCAGUGAGCCUCUAAUGCUACUGCGCCCUGGGGGCUCCCAGGGCCUGGGCAACUUAGCUGCAACUGGCAAAGGAGAAGGGUAGUUUGAGGUGUGACACCAGUUUGCUCCAGAAAGUUUAAGGGGUCUGUUUCUCAUCUCCAUGGACAUCUUCAACAGCUUCACCUGACAACGACUGUUCCUAUGAAGAAGCCACUUGUGUUUUAAGCAGAGGCAACCUCUCUCUUCUCCCCUGUUUUGUGAAGGCAGGGGACACAGAUGGGAGAGAUUGAGCCAAGUCAGCCUUCUGUUGGUUAAUAUGGUAUAAUGCAUGGCUUUGUGCACAGCCCAGUGUGGGAUUACAGCUUUGGGAUGACCGCUUACAAAGUCCUGUUUGGUUAGUAUUGGCAUAGUUUUUCUAUAUAGCCAUAAAUGCGUAUAUAUACCCAUAGGGCUAGAUCUGUAUCUUAGUGUAGCGAUGUAUACAUAUACACAUCCACCUACAUGUUGAAGGGCCUAACCAGCCUUGGGAGUAUUGACUGGUCCCUUACCUCUUAUGGCUAAGUCUUUGACUGUGUUCAUUUACCAAGUUGACCCAGUUUGUCCUUUAGGUUAAGUAAGACUCGAGAGUAAAGGCAAGGAGGGGGGCCAGCCUCUGAAUGCGGCCACAGAUGCCUUGCUGCUGCAACCCUUUCCCCAGCUGUCCACUGAAACGUGAAGUCCUGUUUUGAAUGCCAAACCCACCAUUCACUGGUGCUGACUACAUAGAAUGGGGUUGAGAGAAGAUCAGUUUGGGCUUCACAGUGUCAUUUGAAAACGUUUUUUGUUUUGUUUUGUUUUGUAAUUAUUGUGGAAAACUUUCAAGUGAACAGAAGGAUGGUGUCCUACUGUGGAUGAAGGAUGAACAAGGGAAUGGCUUUGAUCCAACAGAGCCUGGGAGGUGUGCCCAGAAAGCUUGUCUGUAGCGGGUUUUGUGAGAGUGAACACUUUCCACUUUUUGACACCUUAUCCUGAUGUAUGGUUCCAGGAUUUGGAUUUUGAUUUUUCAAAUGUAGCUUGAAAUUUCAAUAAACUUUGCUCUGUUUUUCUAAAAAUAAA